UUUUUUGUCACUCGACGGGUUGACGGCUUGACAACUUGACAAGUCGACAACUCUUGUGAGCCAACAGCGUUGUGCUAGAUGGAUACAACGUUGUAUAAGGAAUGGGAUGAUACCAAGGGCCUCGGGAUAGGAAUUCUAACUUGGGGUAUGACCACGUCCACGGGAUGAGCGACAGCAUUGGCGUAUAUGUACAAGACAUGUACAGUAAGGGAGUAGUAUAUGUACAGAUCACCCAGGUUGUAUUUCAAUUUAUUUUUAUUUAUUUAUUUUAUUUUUUCAUUCAUUUAUUUGCUUUUUCCCCAAAAGAAGACUUCUUCUUCAUCUGUUAUUAUUUGAUUACUAUUCUUCAAGAUGAUGAUGAUGAUGAACGGGGGAACGCGAAAUCUCUUCCUGCAUUGCAUAUCAUCCCACCCCCCAGCCCAUCUCGUGGCUCAUCAACACCACAUACAUAGGUACAUAACAUCCAAUAGCCGAAAAGCCGGGACAACAACAAUCUCUCAUUCAAACCCUUCCUCCAGCAGCAGCAGUAGGGUAACAUGCAAUGCAGUGAGUGGUAGUCGGACGAUCCUCCAGAUCAGAUGCAUACAUACAUACAUCGUGCCGCCCUGCGCCUCUCGGACAUUUUUCCUCUCAGCUAUCGAGAUCUACGUCCCGUGGCACGGGGAGGCGGGAAUGCGUUUUUGUUUUGUUUUAUUCACCGGUUUUCUUCUUUUCCCUACGGACGGUGUGUACAGAGAGGAGCACAGCUGCUUGCAUCGAUGGAGCCAAUUAUAUUUAAUUACCUCCUGUUCUACAGUUCCUUUAUCUCUGUAUGUAUGUACAUGAUAGCAUAGCAUUACCAGCCGCUUCUACAGAGCAGAGCAUUACCGGGGACGGUUCAAGGGAAAUCUAAUCACAUACAUAGAGAACCGGAAACCAGGAAAAAGCAGGAGAACACACAUACAUACAUACAUG